AUGAUCCUGGACGUGCAAUGUUUUAUCGGUCAUGGCAACCAGCGUGUACGCAAAAAAGUCGCAGCUAUCUACGAGGUAACCAUACACGAGGAAGGCAGUCAUCAUCGUCUUCACUGCAACCAGAUACCACAGAUCUUCGGCGCACACCAAGUGCUAGACGGUUGGGUGCGUCUAGGAGUAGCUCAACGCGAUGCUGAGUACUUACAAGCAUAUCUAGAAGAAGUGCAAGAGGCUUUCUCCGGGUUUUCCGAAAUUCAAAACGAAAUCGAAAAGCUAGACGAAACCGAAACAGAAAAACGAGGCGAAAUGAAAGCAAGGUUCUAUACCGUGGUCGGAAGAACAAAAAAACUCUUACGCGAGCAUCACGGCACGUCGUCGGACGUCUCUUCUAGGGCAUCUACCCCAGCAGAGAGCUCUACACCGAUCCCAGUCGCGUUACCAAAGAUCGAACUGCCCAAAUUCGACGGAUCAUCGGAGGGAUGGGCUGCGUUCUAUGAUUUAUUAAGCUGCCUGAUCGACAAAAACGAAAAUCUACCCGCGGUCCAGAAACUACAAUAUUUGAGAUUCUCAUUGACAGGCAGGGUAGCUAGUGCAAUACAAUCACUAGAAACUACAGAGGCAAAUUACGCGGCUGCACUUCAAGCCCUGAGAAAGAAGUUCGAAUGUGAACGUCGGGUCCUUCGACGUCAUUGGGAGAUUCUAUAUGAAUAUCCACGCUUACCGAGAGACACGUCAAGCGCGCUUACCAAUCUCGUCGAUACCUUUAACCAGCAUACGCAAGCACUCAUAAAUCUAAAGGCAACCGUGGAUCUAUGGAACAUUCCUCUCGUGAACCUAAUUUCAUCCACGACCGGAACCACGAACGCAACCAAGAACAGCUCGCAGCGCGAUCACAAGAAAAACCGAAAGGGGAAACCAUCCCAUGAACAGCCGCGAGCGCAAACUUUCGCUACAACGAAUUCCGUAGCGUGUCCAAUCUGCAAUGAGGAACAUCGCAUAUACACGUGCGAUCGUUUUCGCGCCUUGUCAGUCGACGACAAGUGGAAAGCAGGCAGUGAUGCUUCACUUUGCACUAAUUGCCUUGAAAAGGGUCAUUCGAAUAAACAAUGCAAGACAGAACGUACUUGCCACACUUGUCGUAAGCGGCAUCACACCUUCCUGCAUAAAAAUAAACCGGCAGGUAACCAACAAGCGGCUGGCCAGCCAAAUCCUUCAACUAGUCAACCGCUGUCCGAAGACUCAACGGUAGCGAAAGCAUGA